UCAGAGAAACCCGCCGUGAAGAACACAUCAGGCCUUCGGGGCCAGGUCCCUGCCCAGCUAGGACCCCCGUGCUCUGCUGGUGUGUCCAGAACCAGCUGUCUUUUGGUUUUGGGACCAGAGAACUUGCAGGUGGCUCGUGCCUCAAAACCCAUCAACACGUCCCAGGGUCUGGAGAGGCGCAGGGGCGCGCAACCCGCGCAGGGCGGCGGCGGCGAUGCCGGACCCCGCAGCGCACCUGCCCUUCUUCUACGGCAGCAUCUCGCGCGCCGAGGCCGAGGAGCACCUGAAGCUGGCGGGCAUGGCCGACGGGCUCUUCCUGCUGCGCCAGUGUCUGCGCUCGCUGGGCGGCUAUGUGCUCUCGCUCGUGCACGACGUGCGCUUCCACCACUUCCCUAUCGAGCGCCAGCUCAAUGGCACCUACGCCAUUGCGGGCGGAAAGGCGCACUGCGGCCCCGCCGAGCUCUGCGAAUUCUACUCGCGCGACCCCGACGGGCUGCCCUGCAACCUGCGCAAGCCGUGCAACCGGCCGUCAGGGCUCGAGCCGCAGCCCGGGGUCUUCGAUAGCCUGCGGGAUGCCAUGGUGCGCGACUACGUGCGUCAGACUUGGAAGCUGGAGGGCGAUGCCCUGGAGCAGGCCAUCAUCAACCAGGCCCCCCAGGUGGAGAAGCUCAUUGCCACCACGGCUCACGAGCGGAUGCCCUGGUACCACAGCAGCCUGACGCGCGAGGAGGCCGAGCGCAAACUCUAUUCAGGCUCGCAGACCGACGGCAAGUUCCUGCUGAGACCCCGGAAGGAGAAGGGCACGUACGCGCUGUCGCUGAUCUAUGGGAAGACCGUGUACCACUACCUCAUCAGCCAGGACAAGGCGGGCAAGUACUGCAUUCCCGAGGGGACCAAGUUUGACACGCUCUGGCAGCUAGUGGAGUACCUGAAGCUGAAGGCGGAUGGGCUCAUCUACUGCCUGAAGGAGGCCUGUCCCAACGACAGUGCCAGCUCAGAGGCCGCUGCUCCCACACUGCCAGCCCACCCAUCCACGUUCACCCACCCUCAGAGACGGAUCGACACUCUCAACUCAGAUGGAUACACCCCCGAACCAGCACGCCUCGCGUCCUCGGAGAAGCCGCGAACGAUGCCCAUGGACACAAGCGUGUAUGAGAGCCCCUACAGCGACCCCGAGGAGCUCAAGAAUAAGAAGCUGUUCCUGAAGCGUGAGAACCUCCUCAUGGCCGACAUCGAGCUCGGCUGCGGCAACUUUGGCUCAGUGCGCCAGGGCGUCUACCGCAUGCGCAAGAAGCAGAUCGAUGUGGCCAUCAAAGUGCUGAAACACAGCACGGAGAAGACGGACAAGGAUGAGAUGAUGCGGGAGGCGCAGAUCAUGCACCAGCUGGACAACCCCUAUAUCGUGCGGCUCAUCGGCGUCUGCCAGGCUGAGGCCCUCAUGCUGGUCAUGGAGAUGGCGGGCGGGGGACCCCUGCACAAGUUCCUGCUGGGGAAGAAGGAGGAGAUCCCUGUCAGCAACGUGGCGGAGCUGCUGCACCAGGUGUCCAUGGGGAUGAAGUACCUGGAAGAGAAGAACUUCGUGCACCGCGACCUGGCGGCCCGCAACGUCCUGCUGGUCAACCGGCACUACGCCAAGAUCAGCGACUUCGGUCUCUCCAAGGCGCUCGGUGCCGACGACAGCUACUACACCGCCCGCUCGGCGGGGAAGUGGCCGCUCAAGUGGUACGCGCCCGAGUGCAUCAACUUCCGCAAGUUCUCCAGCCGCAGUGACGUCUGGAGCUACGGGGUCACCAUGUGGGAGGCCUUCUCCUACGGCCAGAAGCCCUACAAGAAGAUGAAGGGCCCCGAGGUCAUGGCCUACAUCGAGCAGGGGAAGCGGAUGGAGUGCCCGCCAGAGUGUCCACCCGAAAUGUACACACUCAUGAGCGACUGCUGGACCUACAAGUGGGAGGACCGUCCAGACUUCCAGACCGUGGAGCAGCGCAUGCGCACCUACUACUACAGCUUGGCAAGCAAGGCGGAGGAGCCCGGGGAAUCUGGGAAGGGGGCGGAGACUGCCAGUGCCUGAGUCCCAGCCUGCCUAGGAC